AUGGCGGCUAUGACUAAAUUGGCAAACACUAUGGAGGCUAAUGCUACUGUGAAUCUGCAAGUUGUGCAGAGGUUAGGCCAACUGGCUGGAAAUGGAAACAGAAAUGGUGAAGGGAAUGCUCAUGAUAAUACUGAGGGAAACAGUGAUAAUACGGGAGGUGUUCCGAUGACCUUGGCGACGUUCCUUAAGGUUCAUUCGCCAAUUUUCCAAGGAUUAACUAAUCCUACUGAAGCAGACAACUGGUUCCAGGCCAUGGAGCGUGCUUUACAAGCGCAGCAUGUUCCAAACAAUCAGUACGUAGAAUUUGCCGCUUAUCAGCUUGCGGGAGAGGUCCAGCACUGGUGGCAAGCAGAGUGUCACUUGCUACAGCUCCAGAAUGCAGAUGUCCCUUGGGAUAUGUUUCAGACAGCCUUUUACAAGAAGUACUUCCCUGAGUCUGCAAGGGAAGCAAAGGAGAUGGAACUGAUACAGCUGAAGCAAGGUUCCUUGUCAGUGGCAGAUUACACCAACAAGUUUGAGGAGCUCUAUAGGUUUUCUAGGGUAUGUCAGGGUGCCCCAGAAACCUACGAGAGCUGGAAGUGUAUUAAGUACUAG